AUGAGUACACCUCCAGAAGAAAAGAGUCCAGACUCGUUAAGGAAUGUCAAACAUGUUGUUCUCAUUCUAUCAGGAAAGGGAGGAGUUGGUAAAUCGUCAGUCACUACUCAAACCGCAUUAUCAUUAAUUAAUAAGGGCUUCAAUGUUGGAGUAUUAGAUAUUGAUUUAACUGGACCUUCGCUACCUCGGAUGUUUGGAGCCGAAAAUAAGCAAGUACAUCAAUCAACUAGAGGGUGGGUUCCUGUUAAUAUAGUAAUCCCAGAUGUCAAACAUCCUGAAAGAGGUUCGCUUUCCUUGAUGUCAUUGGGCUUCCUUGUAGGUGAUCGAGGGAAUUCUGUUGUAUGGCGUGGUCCUAAGAAAACAGCUAUGAUAAAACAAUUUUUAAAGGAUGUGUAUUGGAGUGGACCCAACGGGGCACCUAUUGAUUAUUUAUUAAUUGAUACACCCCCAGGUACUUCAGAUGAACAUAUUGCUAUAGCGGAGGAGUUACGGUUUGCUCAACCUAUCGAUGGAGCUAUCAUUGUUACAACACCUCAACAAGUGGCAACUGCUGAUGUCAGAAAGGAGAUUAAUUUCUGUAAGAAAGUCAACUUCAAAGUUUUGGGUAUUGUGGAGAAUAUGAGUGGGUUCAUAUGCCCCCAUUGUGCUGAAUGCACAAAUAUAUUUCUGAGCGGUGGUGGGUUAGCAUUAAGUCAAAGUUUAGAUUUGAAAUUUUUGGGCAAUAUACCUAUUGAUCCCAAGUUUGUGGAAAUGGUGGAAUCUCAAACGGAUAAGAACAGAUUAAUUGACCUCUACGAUGAUUGUGAGCUUAAACCUUUAAUGAGCGGCAUUAUAGACAAAGUAUUAGAACAAAAUUGUCCUGCAAGGUUCUAA